AUGUCCAACGAGCAGCUUAUCACACUCACUUAUCGAGACCGUGUCGCAAUCGUCACGCUCAAUCGACCUGAUAAGCUGAAUGCUCUGAAUCAGGAGCUCUACUACCUCCUCGGCGAGCGCCUUCGGGAAAUUGACCAGCGCGAGGAUAUCUACAUCACCGUACUGACCGGCACAGGUCGAUUCUUCUCUGCCGGCGCAGACGUAACAAGCACCCGCCCCAAUAGCGAGCUCGGCUCCAGCGUCCGCCGUGAACUGGUCAAGGGCUUCGUCGCUAACAACGUCGACGUAACCCGCACCUUCUACAACCACAGCAAGAUCCUCGUCGUGGCCCUAAACGGGCCCGCCGUCGGCCUCUCUGCCGCCCUCAUCGCUCACGCCGACUUCAUUUACGCUGCCCCGCACGCCUUUGUGCUAACUCCCUUCUCAUCCCUCGGCCUCGUCGCCGAAGGCGGCGCCAGCCGCGCAUUCGUCGAGCGUCUCGGCAUCGCCAAGGCCAACGAGGCACUCAUCAUGAGCAAGCGUAUCCCCUGCGAGGAACUGGUCGCGGCCGGGUUCGUGAAUAAGGUCAUCGAGGCUGAUUCGAAGAAUAAGGAGGAUUCGACGGGUUUCUUGAAGAAUGUGCUGGCCGAGGUUGAUGAUCGAUUGGGUACGCAUCUGAAUCAGUCGAGUUUGUUGAAGAUUAAGGAGUUGGUGCGGCGGCCGGAGAGGGAGAUUCUGGAUCGUCAGAAUGGGAUUGAGGCGUUUAUGGGUCUUGAGCGGUUCAUGAUGGGUGUGCCGCAGGAGGAGUUCCGGAAGUUGGCGUCUGGUGAGAAGAAGCAUAAGCUGUAG